UGUGAAAUUUUAAAACGUGGUCAUAAAAUUCAGGCACGACAUUCAUUUAUUCCAUACGAACACAGAUAAUAUACAUAUUAAAAAAUAUUUCGAAAAUAAAAGGCUAUUUCAAAAUAUACAUGAAUAGAUGGAAACAACAGCCUAUAAGAUUAAAUAAAAAGAAAAAUUUUAAGACAUUGGACAGAAAAUUGACAUUUAUUUGAAGUACGAUGCAAGUACGUUUUUAAAUGUCCUCUGUUACUUAUGACUAUGAUUAAGAGGUAAUUGCGUAUUGUUGUACAACACAAUGGAGAGACUCACGUUGUAUGAAGAGUACAGGCUGAUUGAAAGAACUGAGGCAGAAGUUAAUGGAGUUUGGAAAGGGGCACAUUUAUUGCUAUUUUUUCUGGCAUUCGUUUUCGGUUCAUUUUGCACGUUCUGUUUCCAUAUGCUGAUGUAUCUAUUUGACGAGAAGUGCGUCCUCUUCCCCAAACUGUUGUCCCUCACGUCCCUGCGACAAACUAUCAUAUACGAAUUCAUCCCUGAUGAUAAAGAAGCCGCUGAUAGGUUACCAGUGGAAUUUCUCAGCACGCAAUGGGUUGAGAAAAGUGCUUGUUUACUGCCGACGUACGUGCCUCUGGUGUCUGGUAUUUUCGGACUUGUAUGGACGACGAUGUUCUUAAUGUGUUCCACUGGAAGUAGGGUCUUAACUGGGCUGCAAAGGCCGUGGAGAGUCCUGCCGCCAGUGUUUCUCUUCUCACUAGCGAUGGGAGGUCUCUGUAUUUACACGACAGCUGUCACUCAUUAUGGAUUACAGGAACUGUGUAUUAAACUUAGCGAAAUAACUGGCAGCACAACGUGUACGUACACAGUGAACGUGGCUACAUUGGCGUAUGAACGUCGUAUUAGGGGUGUGUACCAAGCGACACGACUCACCAUUUACUCCGCCUGGCUCCACACAGCCUGCUGGAUACUGUCAGCUCUAUUGGCUUUCUUCAGAGUCAUCUUCGCCAUUGACUUCAAAUUAGUCAAAAUUACUGUCCAAUUAAAAGGCAACCUUGACAGAAUGCUGGAGCGUCAAGAAACACAUAUCCGAACAAUAUCUCCGGAGCCAGAAUUAAAAAAUACGCCACUUGAAUACACGAGCAGUGCUGUCCACAUCCACUUUAAGAAGAAGGAUUUCCAAGCUAACUAUGAUAGCGUAAGAGAUAUAAAAGAAUAUUCAAAGAGAGACGAUCAGGAAGAUAGCGGCAACUUGUUGUUUUACUCUCCACGCGGGCAAGAUAAAUCUGAACGAUCUCUGUUACCAUCAUCACCGGGCAGAUUGGAUCAGCUACAAGCCCAUGAUAAUUUGACCGAAGAUGAGCAAUUUAUUGCCAAAAUGUUAGAUAAUGUCCUUGAUAAUGUUAUUGAUCAAACAGAUUCUACGCUAUCUUACGUAAGAUCUCUCGAAUCUAGAACGACUUCUGAAGAAUUAUCUCCUGUUCGUCAGUACGGUCAGCAAAUAUUACAGUCUCGAACACCAGAAAAACCCAUCGACCCAUCUCGAGGUGACCAGGAAGAAGCAACAGAAACAGUAGAACAUGUGAAAAGAAUUCUAUUAGAAUGGCUACAUAAUAUUUUUAUCGGAAAAAAUGAUGAAUCAGUCAUGAGGGAUAACGAAUUGAAUAAUAAAUUAAUACCAGAUACGGAAUUGACGUCGGAAAUAAAAGAUAAAACACAUUUUGUUCCGGAAGAUGCUGAGCCAGGUCCCAGUAAUGCACCACUAAAAUCUAGCUUAAAACGUACCGGGGUUCAAACAGAAAAGACUCUAAGCGUACAGAUAGACUCAAAAACUAGCAUCUUCACACCAACUAACUCUAAAAGCCGCAUAGACAAAGAAGACAAACAAGUGCAAACUACAAAGGACAAACAGGAUUAGUUCUGAGUUUGUCUUAACAAUUUUUUUUUUAUAUUUCACUCAACGAAUACUAAAUUACUUAUUCUGGUAUGUGACAUUUCAUCAUGUAGUCCAAGUUCAACGAGUACGACCUCCACUGCUUAUGAAAUUAUGAUGAACUCAUUUAAAUGUAAGGUAAAUUACUAGUUAGUGGAGGAAAGGACAAGGAAUUAAUUAAAAGAAACUCUGAGUAAUAAUGUUCGUUAGAAACAUAUCAG